AUGCCGAGCAGCCGAGCCGCCCAGCAGCCGAGCCGCCCAGCAGCCGAGCCGCCCAACAGCCGAGCCGCCCAGCAGCCGAGCCGCCCUGCCGCCGAGCCGCCCUACUAUCGAGCCGCUGCUGUUCCUACCGGUGCGCCCCAUCCCUCCUUCCUCGGACUGUGCGAUAGGGCAGACGGACUCUCUCUGUUCGAUCUCACCUCUGGUGCCUCUCCUGCCCCGCCUGCUACUGCUGACAGCACUGUUUGCUCACAGUGGGCCACACGCGAUGCUGUUGCUCGCCUUGCUGUGCGUCGCCACUUACUGACCACUGAGCGUGCACACUUUAGCCAGUACAAGAGUGCUCAGACCUUGUACGACGCUGUAGUUGCACGCUACUCUUCCCCUGCCACUGCUGCACUGAGCCGCCUCAUGCUACCAUACCUCUUCCCUGACCUUGCUGCCUUUCCCACAGUCGCUGACCUCAUUACGCACCUCCGCACUAGUGACGCUCGCUACCGCGCAGCGCAUCCUGCUGAUUUCUGCGCCAAGAACCCCCCCCCCCCCAUGUACAUCACCCUCUACUACAUAGUCACCCGGCUCCCUGACUCUCUCCGCGUAGUUAGGGACCACUUCCUCUCAGUUUGCCCCACCACUCUCACCGUUGACCUCCUCGAGAAGGGCCUCCUAGCAGCAGAGAAGAGCUUAGUCAUUCUGCGGCCGACCUCGUUGGUUUCGAGUCGGUCGGCGCUGCGUCUGCCCCAAGCGGGAGACGCCGCACCGGCAAGGGCAAGGGGGGCUAGGGCGCUGGAGGGGCUAGCGGGGGCAGUUGAAGUGGUGGUGGAGGCAAUGGAGGGGGUGGGGGUGGUGGUGGGAGUGGUGGCGGGGGUGGAGGUGUCGGUGGCAGCAGUGGAGGCGGAGGAGGCGGCGGCGGUGGCGGAGGGAGCGGAGGCGGCGGAGGUGGUGGAGGCGGCGGAGGCACCGGAGGUGGCGGAGGCGGCGGUGGCAGCAGUGGACCUCGUCGCAGCUCUGAGCAGAGCAGAGGCUCCGGUGGUGGUACGCACCAUGAGCAGCAGCACAGUCGUGAGACCCUGUCCCCUUAGUAGCUUCGUGAGUGGUACGCUGUGCGUCAGCGCGGUGGGAAUACGGGUCCCUGCACCUACGUUCUCCGCACCGGCGAACGCGCUGGUGAGCAGUACGGGGGCCCGCACUCCACCCAGCGCUGCUUCGGCCGCCUGA